AUGAGCUCCCACAGUAAGGUGUCUGGGGUUAGCGAAGGUACUGACCCAAAGAGCGAGGAGCAGGCCAGCCCCAGCGGGCUGGGAGCCCUUCGGGCACCUGAACUAGGCUUGGAUUUGGGGCUGUCGGGGAACGGCGAGGACCAGGGUCAGGGCCAGGGCCAGGGCCAGGGCCAGGGCCAGGGUGGAGGAGAGGGUAGGCCCAGUGGAGGAGAGCGUAGGCCCGCAAGCCCGCAGUCCCCCAAGUGGCAGUUGGAGUUGGACUCCGGGUGUGAGUCCGAGUCCGAGCUGGAAAUGAGCCAGGUGGGGGCAGUGGUGCUUCGUGGCUUCCAGGCCCGGCCUUCCACACCCGCCCCUAAUGAAGCGGGUGCUGUGGGCUUCACAGCCCAGUUUGCUGAGUCCUAUGCAGCCAUAGUGCGGCCACUGAGCCACAUGGGUGCCGGGGCCUUGCGUAAAUCCCCAGGUGUAGGAAGGAGCGCCGCGGAGGCGGCCGCCAUUUGGGCACCUGUCGAGGCAGGCCCCAGCCGUAGAGGCUCACUGAGUUGUGAGGAAUCACUGCAGGCUUGUGCUUCCCCUCGUCACAUGAGUGCUCCCAGGGAAGGCCAGGCCCAGGAACACAGCAUGAAAAGAGGUGGCAAUCGUAACAUGAGUAGCAGUACUAGUGUCCAGAGCGCCUGCGAGGAAGGCGCAGUGGGGCUGCCUUCCGACUCUGAGUCCUCAGAUGAGCUCGGGGAGAUACAGCCCAUGAGGGUGAGCAUUCACUUUAAAAGAGGAGGUCAGGUCAAGGGCAGCAGUAUGGAGGUCCCGGGACAGAAUCCCAGGCCUGUGACUGCCCACUGCAGGGAGAAGUUUCCGCACAUGUCAGGGCCUCUCCUGACCUCUGCUCCCCGCCGUCUCACUUGGGCGGGGGAAAGACAGGCAGUGGGAGAGCCGGGAUCCUCUUCCAAAAAAAUGCAAAGUGUGCUCUCCGGAAAGGGAGUGGGCAGGCCCAGCCACAUAAGUGCUACUGCCGCCGCCACCGCCACUGCGGCCACCACCAGCACUACCUCCACUGCUACUGGUGCAGGGGGCCUGCCCCUGGGCACUCCUAGGAGGAAGCCCCUCCAGGAGAAGAGAUCCCUAGGUGUUGCCUCCGAAGUUGUCCUGGGGAUAAGCUUUGCUCCAUGGGGGCACAGGCAGUCAGCAGCGCCUGUGGAACCAGCCAUCCUUCCUCCAGUCUCUGGUAUUUCACUGCUUGAAAAGCCUAGCACAGCUUCCCCACUCCCUUGGGGAUCCAAACAGUCCAAACAAGGCGGAGCUGGGAAGAAACCCGGGGCCAAGAGCAAGUCCCAGACUGUGGCCGGAGACCAGGAGCCACCUGUCCGUCCUCGGAGAGCAGCAGUGCAGCAGUUACCACCUGGAAUCGAGGGCUGUCCUCGGUGUGUCGUGCUAGAGAAUGAAGCGGAGAACCUUAGAGAGAAGCUAGCGAUCAUGCGAUCUCUGGCCGAGAAGUUCCAGAACCUGUGA